GGAAGAACGUCGAAGCGAGAGUAUUCACGUUGCUUCCUUUUGAACGAGAACUUCGUUUAAGUAGUGACGAAGAUGCCACUAUGUGAAAACAUGUUGUUCUUUGGAAUAUUAUCUAUUCUUUUAGCAGUUACAUCUGCUAAUUUCUGUUAUACUGAUGUGGAAAAAGCUUGUAGCCAAAUACCUGAACAAGAUGGAGAAAUAAUGCAAAAUUGUAAUGCAGUAUAUGGUUCAAUCAAUAACUUUACAGUCGAUCUUCAGUCAUAUGCAAAUGGUAAUAUUGAAUCCAGUUUUGAGUUUUUAUUAUUGUCUAGUUAUUUUGGGAAUUAUGAAAAUCAACGUGAAGGAUUUAAAAAAUUAUAUCGUAAAUAUUCUGAUAAAAUGUGGGAGGAUGCAGUUAACAUAAUCAAAUAUAUUACCAAACGAGGUGGCAGAAUGAACUUUAAUCAGUUACCACACUAUAAGAAAUCUGCAAAAGAUGAUUUGGUAAUAGAUUUGAAUGAACUUAAGAGUUUGGCUAAAGCACUUGAUACUCAGAAACAGCUUGCACAUGAAGCUAUGCGUAUACAUUCUCAAACACAACUUCAUAAUGACAAACAUGAUGCUGCUAUUGCACAUUAUAUCGAAGAAGAAUUCUUAGAAGCACAAGCUGAUCGUGUUCGAGACUUAGCAGGCUAUACAAAUGAUUUAAAGAAUUUGUUAAAUGAACGUGAUCCAUCUGUAUCUAUAUUUUUAUUUGAUGAAUAUCUUAAAAAAAGUUUGUAACUUGUUCACAACUAAAAUUGAAAAAAUAUUAUAAUUUCAUACCUAUUAUUAUUUAAAAAAUAUUCUGUAUGAAUAAAUUUUGUCCAAAACAA